GUGGCCAGAGAGGCCCAGGGGACAGCCAGGGACAGGCAGACAUGCGGCCAGGGCUCUGGGGCCUGGGCAGGGGCUGCCAGGCCCCGUGACAGGAGGACCUGAGCCCCUGGCCUGGGGAGGGGGCCAUGGUGCUACCUGGCUGACAUGUCAGCCGAGGUGCGGCUAAGUCAGCUCCGGCAGCUGGCGCUGGACCCCGGCUUCCUGGGGCUGGAGCCCCUGCUCGACCUUCUCCUGGGCGUCCACCAAGAGCUGGGCGCCUCCGACCUGACCCAGGACAAGUACGUGGCCGACUUCUUGCAGUGGGCGGAGCCCAUCGUGGGGAAGCUUAAGGAGGUCCGACUGCAGAGGGAUGACUUCGAGAUUCUGAAAGUGAUCGGACGCGGGGCGUUCAGCGAGGUAGCGGUGGUGAAGAUGAAGCAGACGGGCCAGGUGUACGCCAUGAAGAUCAUGAAUAAGUGGGACAUGCUGAAGAGAGGCGAGGUCUCGUGCUUCCGUGAAGAGAGGGACGUGUUAGUGAAUGGGGACCGGCGCUGGAUCACGCAGCUGCACUUCGCCUUCCAGGAUGAGAACUACCUGUACCUGGUCAUGGAGUACUACGUGGGCGGGGACCUGCUAACGCUGCUGAGCAAGUUUGGGGAGCGGAUCCCGGCCGAGAUGGCGCGCUUCUACCUGGCCGAGAUAGUCAUGGCCAUAGACUCGGUGCACCGGCUGGGCUAUGUGCACAGGGACAUCAAACCGGACAACAUCCUGUUGGACCGCUGUGGCCACAUCCGCCUGGCUGAUUUCGGCUCCUGCCUCAAGCUGCGGGCAGAUGGAACGGUGCGAUCGCUGGUGGCUGUGGGCACCCCAGACUACUUGUCCCCCGAGAUCCUGCAGGCUGUAGGCGGCGGACCAGGGCCAGGCAGCUACGGACCAGAAUGUGACUGGUGGGCGCUGGGCGUGUUCGCCUAUGAAAUGUUCUACGGCCAGACGCCCUUCUACGCCGACUCCACGGCCGAGACCUACGGCAAGAUCGUCCACUACAAGGAGCACCUGUCUCUGCCACUGGCGGACGCAGGGGUCCCUGAGGAGGCUCGAGACCUCAUCCAGCGGCUGCUGUGUCCCCCGGAGACAAGGCUGGGCCGGGAUGGAGCAGGCGAUUUUCAGAAGCAUCCUUUCUUCUUUGGCCUCGACUGGGAUGGUCUCCGCGACAGCAUUCCCCCCUUUACUCCAGACUUCCAGGGUGCCACUGACACAUGCAAUUUUGAUGUGGUGGAGGACGGGCUCACUGCCAUGGUGAGCGGGGGCGGGGAGACACUGUCAGACAUGCAGGAAGGCGUGCCGCUGGGGGUCCACCUGCCUUUCGUGGGCUACUCCUACUCCCGCAUGGCCCUCAGGGACAGGGAGGUCCUCCCAGGCCCCACACCCAUGGAACUGGAGGCCGAGCAGUUGCCUGAGCCACAUGUGCAAGCGCCCAGCCUGGAACCCACGGUGUCCCCACCAGAGGAAACAGCUGAAGUGGCAGUUCCAGAAGCUAUCCCGGAAGCAGAGGCUGAGGCGGAGGUAACGCUGCGGGAGCUCCAGGAGGCCCUGGAGGAGGAGGUGCUCACUCGGCAGAGCCUGAGCCGGGAGUUGGAGGCCAUCCGCACGGCCAACCAGAACUUCGCCAGUCAACUACGCGAAGCCGAGGCCCGGAACCGUGACCUGGAGGCACACGUCCGGCAGUUGCAGGAGCGGAUGGAGUUGCUUCAGGCCCAGGGAGCCGCAGGCGAGUCCCUCUUCCGCCCCCGUCCCGGAGGGCGCCAGGAGGAGGUGGGCCGGCUGUUCGGCGGGGGUGUGAACACCUGGGGAGGGGAGGGGCCCAGGCUGGGGCACGCCGCGCCACCGCCCUCCUCCGCCCCUCCACGCGCCCUACGCCUCUCUCUUCUCCUUCCAGCUGUCACGGGGGUCCCCAGUCCCCGGGCCACGGAUCCACCUUCCCAUCUAGAUGGCCCCACGGCCGUGGCUCUGGGGCAGUGCCCGCUGGUGGGGCCAGGCCCCAUGCACCGCCGCCACCUGCUGUUCCCUGCCAGGGUCCCUAGGCCUGGCCUAUCGGAGGCGCUUUCCCUGCUCCUGUUCGCCGCUGCUCUGGCUCUUGCCGCCGCCUUGGGCUGCGCUGGGUUGGUGGCCUACGCCGGCUAUCUGUCCCCGCCCUGGCGCUGCCCGGGAGUCGCCUUCGCCCCCUGAACCCUAGAGCCCCAGACUGACUUCCACUCGGGGCCCGUUGCAGGGUUGGGUGGCCCGGACACUACACAGAAGCUGCUCCCAACGCACCCCCGUUCACUCCCGCGUGCGUGGGUCUUCGCCCCAGCUCCCGUCCCAUGAUCCGGGCCCGCCCCCUGGCGGCCGGGGAGGGAGGAGUCGGGCCCGCGGCCGGCGAAUGGGGCUCCUGGGGGCUUUGUA